AUGGACGUGUGUCUGAGUUCUGCACAGCAGCCUAGGCACUUUGGGGAAACACCGAAGACCCCAGGCGGCCAGUUAGAAGCAAAGAAAAAGGAGGCACUCCAGAAAGAUGGCACCGGGGGACCCCCAGUAGAUUCUGACAGGAUAGAAUCGUCUCUUCAAAGCCUUCAGACAUUCACACCUACAAAUUAUGCCAGCUACACUCAGGAGAAUUAUCUUUAUGCAGGCAAGAAGAUUGUAAUUCAGGAAUCAAUAGAAAGUUAUGGAGCCGUGGUGUGGCCAGCGGCUACAGCUUUGUGUCAGUAUCUGGAGGAACAUACAGAGGAACUGCAUCUCCAAGAUGCUAAAAUACUUGAAAUUGGUGCUGGACCAGGCCUUGUUUCCGUUGUGGCUAGUAUUUUAGGUGCCCAAGUCACAGCAACCGAUCUGCCAGAUGUCCUUGGAAACCUCCAGUACAAUCUUUUAAAUAACACACUAAAAUGUGCAGCACAUUUGCCUGAUGUCAAAGAACUGGUGUGGGGAGAAGACUUGGAACAAAAUUUCCCCAAGUCAACUUUCUAUUAUGAUUACAUCUUGGCCUCUGAUGUGGUUUACCAUCACUAUUUCCUAGACAAGUUGCUCACCACUAUGGUCUACCUUUGCCAACCAGGGACAGUGUUGCUUUGGGCAAACAAGUUCAGAUUCAGCACUGAUUAUGAAUUUUUAGAUAAAUUCAAGCAAGUGUUUGACACGACACUCUUGGCUGAAUUUCCAGAGUCAUCGACCAAACUUUUUCAAGGCAUACUAAAAUGGGACUAG